CUAGCGGGAUGGUAAAGCUGACCAAUCCCCUUGGUGGAUCUCAAUUACCUUAUUUGCACAGUCCCACCCAGUCACAUGGGUGGGAGUUACAAGGCCAUGGCUAAAAAGGCCACACAAGUGAUCCAUCAUACCGCAUCCAUUAUCAUAAAUUUACGGCCCCCUAAAUUUCCUAUAUAAUCUUUCAAGUUGUUGUUGUCAGUAUAAUCCCAUAUAGACUUAAAAGAGCACAAUGUUCAAGGCAGACAUUCUUUACUAGUUAAGCUAAACUAUCGUUUGCUUUUAAGACGACUUCAGGGGAUAUUUUUGGUUUAAGGUUUAAAGAUUAUGUCAGGACAAUAGUUUUGGGAGUUCAUCCGGCAUAUAGUUAUAUUUUACUGUGAAGCAGUUCUUGCUUUGGAGCUACCAUAGAUAUGUUUUAAGGGUACAUCAAAGCAUUCAGCUAAUUUGCAAAAUUUUGUUCUUAAUUAAGUGCUUUACUCCACUUCCCCAUGCUCUGGCCGAGGUCCUCCUGAGUUCAAUAUCCUGUUACUGUCCAUGAGUUCAGAUUAUAUCUAUAGUUUACUUUCACCUUAUUCUCUCAAGUGUCAGAUGAGAGUGGAGCACCUCCUACCUCUGCCUCCUGCCGUUCUCCAAAUUUUGUCCCUUGAUAAGCCAAAAUGGCAAAAAGUGGGAAAAGAGGGGUUGCAGUUGAAAAAUAUAACUGUGUACAUGUAUUUCGUAUUUUUUCCUCAGAAACCCUACCUUUUUCUCCCUGCAGCAUUGUUUUCCCCUUUUUAAGCUUAUUAGAGGACCCAAGAGGGUUGUUUUAAUGACUGGAGUAUGAUUCCAAACUGACUUGGGAACAAGCCAGCUGGAUAGUUAAUUUAGUCAGGCUGUGAAGGUGGGAUAAAGAGUUGGCAAAGUAGAUAAGGACCAGAAAGAAGAGAACAGUGUGUUUGAGGUUUUGUCUUUUUUUUUUUGUUUUUCUCCUUAGGCUGCUCUCAUUUAACCAGUUUUUCAGCAGCUGCCUUCUCCUAACCGCACUGGAAUCUGCUUCUAAAGAGCACUGGGGACAGCCUCACAAAAGGAGAAAGACCUCUGAUGCAAAUGAAACUGAAGAUCAUUUGGAAUCUUUAAUAUGCAAAGUAGGAGAAAAGAGUGCCUGCUCUUUGGAGAGCAACCUAGAAGGCCUGGCCGGUGUUUUGGAAGCUGAUCUUCCUAACUACAAGAGCAAGAUCUUAAGGCUUCUUUGUACAGUGUAUGUAUGCAAAAGAUAUAUGAAUCCAGGUGAAAAUGUAGUAUCUAUUCUUCAGUGGUUUGGAAAUGUUUCCUUCUGUGGGGAAAUUUGUGCAAAUGAAAGGACCUCUGGUCCUUUGGUGAACUCUUUUUCUUAGGGAUAAAUAAAAUUAAAAUUGAACAUUUUCCUUGUUUUGUUUCUUGGAAUCUUAGAAGACUUUCUUAAAACAUGUACAUUUAAAUAAGAGUUGAACUUGUGUUUUUUAACCAAUAGUACCAGACAAAUUUGAGAACUGGUCAGUUGAGUAAUAGCCCACCUCUGAAGACCCAAGAUGCUUUGCUUUUGAGACUAUUAAUGAGCAAAAUCUUUUUCUGAGUUAGGUUAGCUAGAACGGGUAUCAGCAUUUAAUUUGUGAGGAAAUAAAAGUAGGAAAAAUCUCACAUUUUUAUAAAAUCGUGAAACAAACUCUCCCAGUGGUGAAGAUAGCAGUCCAGACCUUGUCAUCUCUCAGACAGACAUUGAUCUGCUUGAUGCCUUUUGUUUUAAAAGCAUAAAUGCUUUUAUGAAUGGAAGUAGCAUUUAUGUUCAAACUGUGAUGGAAACCAUGACUUUUUUUUUAAGGUUUAACUAGUAUUCUUUUUUUUUUUUUUUUUUUUUAAGAACAUUGGUAGUGUUCUUUUUUAAUUUUUGGUUUUGGGAGGGUUUGAGGGGGCCUGAUUACUAUCAAUUCAAGUAUUUUUUUGAAGCCCUAAAUUGUCCCUGACACUCUGCUAGAUACCUGGAAGAACAAACUAAAUAUAAGAGGAUCCCUUCCCACUGAGUUAUGGAUUUUUAUUUGCUUUUCUUUUUGAGCUAAUUUCUAAAGGCUGCCUAAAGGAAGCAAUAUUUGCCUUUUCCAAAAAUUAAGGUUUAUUAUUGUAAUCCUCUUCCCUACUUUUCAAAUAACUAAUGAAAAUUAACAUGCUUGGAGCAAGCAAACUGAGCUAUAAGUAAAUCUUACUAUUUCAGAGUACCAUGUUAAGAAUUCAGCAAUUUAACUGGUAGGAACUUAGUUGAAACUGGUUUUAAUUCUUCCUUUUCAAAGCAACUAGAAUUUCUCAAAGUAGAAUUCUGGUCCCAUGAUAUUUGGUUAACUAAGUUUAGACACACUGAAUGCUAUAUACCCUUUAAUGAUUCUGCAUUAAAGAAACUUGUUACAACCAGCUUUCCCCAGAUAUUUUACCAUGGAAACUAUUUUCUGUGGAAGUGCUAUUCAGUUCCACUAAAUACAACUGGUAUUUAGAAAACUGGUCUAGCAUUAUAUUUUUUUCAGUUUGAUAACUUCACAAUUAGAGUGUUUUGCUUUCUUAACUCUUGCAUCAACUAAACAGAAUUUAAAGGAAAAAUUGUGGAUGGCAUGUCUUCAGCUCUUCUCAGUGGCAUUUAUGCCUUUUCUGAACUAGUUUUCAAAACAUAUUUAAGAGUAAUCCUGUUCCAAAGUUCAUGAAAUGAUAAAAGGUUUAUGUAAUUUAAAAUUCAGCAACUUAAUGUAGUGCCAUUAUUUUGGGGGUUUUCUCGUACUGGGUUCUCAAAUCAGUGCACGUCUGUUACCUGAGAAGUUGACGAUUUAUACAACAUUGGUUGGACUGCUGAAUGCCAGGAAUUACAACUUUGGUGGAGAAUUUGUAGAAGCCAUGAUUCGUCAACUUAAAGAAUCAUUGAAAGCAAACAACUAUAAUGAAGCUGUAUAUUUGGUUCGCUUUUUAUCUGAUCUUGUGAACUGUCAUGUAAUAGCUGCCCCGUCAAUGGUUGCUAUGUUUGAAAAUUUUGUAAGUGUAACUCAGGAAGAAGAUGUACCUCAGGUACGGCAAGAUUGGUAUGUGUAUGCUUUUCUGUCGUCUUUGCCCUGGGUUGGAAAGGAAUUAUAUGAAAAGAAAGAUGCAGAGAUGGACCGCAUCUUUGCCAACACUGAAAGCUAUCUGAAAAGACGCCAAAAGACUCAUAUACCUAUGUUACAAGUAUGGACUGCUGAUAAACCACAUCCCCAAGAAGAGUAUUUAGAUUGCCUGUGGGCCCAGAUUCAGAAAUUGAAAAAGGAUCGCUGGCAGGAACGGCACAUCCUAAGACCUUAUCUUGCCUUUGACAGCAUCCUGUGUGAAGCACUGCAGCACAAUCUGCCUCCUUUUACUCCACCUCCUCACACAGAAGAUUCGGUGUACCCAAUGCCAAGGGUCAUCUUUAGAAUGUUUGAUUACACAGAUGACCCUGAGGGUCCUGUUAUGCCAGGGAGUCAUUCAGUGGAAAGAUUUGUAAUAGAAGAGAAUCUUCACUGCAUCAUUAAGUCUCACUGGAAGGAAAGGAAGACUUGUGCUGCACAGCUAGUGAGCUAUCCGGGGAAGAACAAGAUCCCCUUGAACUACCACAUAGUUGAGGUGAUCUUUGCAGAGCUGUUUCAGCUUCCAGCACCCCCUCACAUUGAUGUGAUGUACACAACACUUCUCAUUGAACUGUGCAAACUUCAGCCUGGCUCUCUGCCCCAAGUUCUUGCACAGGCGACUGAAAUGUUAUACAUGCGUUUGGACACGAUGAAUACUACUUGUGUAGACAGGUUUAUUAAUUGGUUUUCCCAUCAUCUAAGUAACUUCCAGUUCCGUUGGAGCUGGGAAGAUUGGUCAGAUUGUCUUACUCAAGAUCCUGAAAGUCCCAAACCAAAAUUUGUAAGAGAAGUACUGGAAAAAUGUAUGAGGUUGUCUUACCAUCAGCGUAUAAUAGAUAUCGUUCCUCCUACCUUCUCAGCUCUAUGUCCUGCAAACCCAACCUGCAUUUACAAGUAUGGAGAUGAAAGUAGCAAUUCUCUUCCUGGACAUUCUGUUGCCCUCUGUUUGUCUGUUGCCUUUAAAAGUAAGGCAACCAAUGAUGAAAUCUUCAGCAUUCUGAAGGAUGUACCAAAUCCCAACCAAGAUGAUGAUGACGAUGAAGGAUUCAGUUUUAACCCAUUGAAAAUAGAAGUCUUUGUACAGACUCUGCUACACUUGGCAGCCAAAUCAUUCAGCCACUCUUUCAGUGCUCUUGCAAAGUUUCAUGAAGUCUUCAAAACCCUAGCUGAAAGUGAUGAAGGGAAGUUACAUGUCCUAAGAGUUAUGUUUGAGGUCUGGCGGAACCAUCCACAGAUGAUUGCUGUACUGGUGGAUAAGAUGAUUCGUACGCAGAUUGUUGACUGUGCUGCGGUAGCAAAUUGGAUCUUCUCUUCAGAACUGUCUCGUGACUUUACUAGAUUGUUUGUUUGGGAAAUCUUGCACUCCACGAUUCGUAAGAUGAGCAAACAUGUUCUGAAGAUCCAGAAAGAGCUAGAAGAAGCUAAAGAAAAACUUGCAAGGCAACACAAACGGCGAAGUGAUGAUGAUGACAGAAGCAGUGACAGAAAAGAUGGGGCUCUUGAGGAGCAAAUAGAAAGACUACAGGAAAAAGUGGAGUCAGCUCAGAGUGAACAAAAGAACCUCUUCCUUGUCAUAUUUCAGCGUUUUAUCAUGAUCUUGACCGAACACUUAGUACGAUGUGAGACUGAUGGGACCAAUGUAUUAACACCAUGGUAUAAGAACUGUAUAGAGAGACUCCAGCAGAUCUUCUUACAGGUUUGUGGGAAACUUUGGUUAGAUAAUAAACACUGGUCUUCUCAGCCACAAAGACUUUCCAUUAAAAACAUCAUUGUCAAAUUUGUCAGGACCUUAUGUAGUACCCAUAGCCCGUUUCAGUUCAUGCCCAUUUCCCCUCCCUACUGUUGCUCAUCAGAAUGUUUAAACUUAAAUUCGUACUAUGCCACUGAGAUUCCUAAUUGCCAUUUUUUUACACUGGAGAACCUAUCUGUAAUAUAAAAUGUAAAGAAAAAAAUGUUAAGGGCAUAGUAAUUGAAUUUAUAAAGAUCCUUAAAAUCUAAUGUUCAGAUGGUAAACAUUGCCUACAGAAGCAUGGUAAGUUCCCUGAGUUCUUUAUACAAAAACAAAAUGUAAGCCCUACCCCCUGCUAGAUUUAAGUUAAAGAUAUUUAUGAGAGUGGGACUAAUUCUUUAUUUUCUUCAGACACUAAACCUAAAAAUCUUCAUUUGUUCCAGAAAAAUGAUUAAAACAGAAUCAUUAAAGAGAAAAGUUAGAUUGAUUCUUUAAGCCUCUAAAUAGGAAUUCUGUCUAGAUUAUUUAGUUAUUGCCAGUCUAUAUAGGAGCAUACAGAAGAGAUUAUUUAAUUUUUGACACUUUUUUUCCCAUUUAGGUUCAACAAGGUGUCACAGAUUUUUAGUAAGACAGAUGAGCUGUUGAUUUAAAAAACAAAACAAGGUUUGGGUUUCUUGUUUUGUGGAAUACUUAAUAGAGAAUUCCAGUUCCUUUUUUUCUUUUGCAAAGAGAUAUCUUAAGGUUCUAAGAAAAAAAGGGGAAGGGACUGGUUCAAAAACACUUUCUUACGUUUCCCACACCAUGGCUUUAACCUUAACCAUAGC